AUGAUGCGAGGCAGACACGUCCAAUCACCCCGUCACCCAAUAGCCCUGCGACAAGAACUAGUCACAGAAUUCGAGCGGCUACUAUGGAUUGAGCCAAAAUACGACAAACACUCUCCAGCCGAGUUCACCGUAAAAUACGACAGUGAUGAUUCCACACUGUUCACAGUGACAGGAAAGAAGUACGGCGAUCGACCCGUACGAGAAUUCCGCGACAAAUCGGGUCUUCCCAUGUUUGAGUCUGAACGAGUAUGGCCCGCGUUACGCUGGAAGAAACCAUGGCGAGUACGAUUACCCGGGAACGAUCAGGAUUUAGUCGACAUAAACUUGAGAUGGAAACCUCAUACAUUCGAUAUGACAUUUCGGAAUGCGCUAGCCAAAGACGCGAAAAGGGAUGAUGAGAAACUUGUUACUUUGGAAAUUCGAAGGGCGUCGGCAUUAUGCGCCUUUGCGGUUUAUGCGGACGGUCGCAAGGUUGCUGAUAUUCGAGAGAGCGUUGUGAGGAAUAGGACGAUCUCUUUUUGGGGAGCAACUCGCGACAAUCAUAUCCCGACUCGCAAGAUUAUGGAAGUGCUAGUUGCAGAUGGGUUUGAUCUCUCACUUGUAAGCUCCUUGUCUUGCGCUUUGCACUCUUGGUCGCGAACUAACAUUGGAAUUUAA